AUGGCCGUUCAGUCGACACUGCUACCGCCCGAGCGCUCCAUCAAACACAUCGUCUCAAGCCUUACAUCCCUCUACCUCCGCAACCGCACCCGCAUCUCCCGCGCCGUCUACCUAGCCCUCUUUGCCGCACUCGCAAAACGAAUUCAUAAUGCCAUCUCCGAACAGAAAGCUGCGACCCAGCAAGUCGAGCUCCGCCGACGGCCCGGUACCAGCAGUCUUGGCGAAGAAGAACAGCCCCGCAAGAAGAGGGUUGAGAUCAACCGCGAGUUCUUUAAGAACUUGUUUCGCUUGCUAAAGAUCGUCAUCCCGGGUUGGCGCAGUAAGGAACUACGCUUACUGGUUAGUCAUAGUGUAUUCCUAGUGCUGCGUACACUGCUCAGUUUGUAUGUAGCUGAGCUGGAUGGACGACUCGUGAGCAACUUGGUGCGCGGCAAGGGAAAGGACUUCCUGCUGGGUCUUGUUUGGUGGAUGAUUGUCGCUGUUCCUGCCACUUUCACGAAUUCCAUGCUUUCAUACCACCAAUGCAAGCUCGCGCUAAGCUAUCGCAAACGUCUUACCGAUUAUAUUCAUGAAAAGUAUUUGUCUAAUAUGACCUUCUAUGCUAUUUCCGCCUUGGAUGACCGCAUCAAAAACCCCGACCAGCUUGUCACGGUUGAUGUUUCUCGUUUCUCGGAUAGUCUGGCUGAAUUAUACUCCAACUUAGCCAAGCCAAUUCUCGACAUGGCGAUAUACAACUAUUCUCUGUCGAAGAAUGUUGGAGGAGAAGGACUGUUCAUUAUGAGUUUACUCGUGCAACUCUCAGCCAAUGUCAUGCGCAUGUUGACUCCCCCAUUUGGUAAAUAUGUGGCAGACGAGGCUCGCUUGGAGGGUGAAUUCCGGUUUUUGCACUCAAGACUCAUUGAUUACAAUGAAGAGGUGGCUCUUUACCAUGGCCACGAAGCUGAGAAGGAUACGUUGGACAAGGGUUACUUUACUCUUAUCAAACAUGUGAAUCGCAUUCUGCGCAGGAGACUGUAUCAUGGGUUCAUGGAGGACUUUGUGAUCAAGUAUUUCUGGGGUGCUCUGGGUUUGAUUCUCUGCAGUGUGCCUGUCUUCUUCAAGAUCCCUGGACAGACAACUCACAGCAUGGCAGACCACACAGAAAGCUUUGUCACGAAUCGUCGGAUGUUGCUCUCCUCGUCAGAUGCCUUUGGCCGUUUGAUGUUCUCUUACAAGGAGAUCUCAGAGCUUGCUGGCUACACAUCACGAGUCUCAUCUUUGCUGGAAGUCAUGGACGACCUGCUUGCUGGUCGAUUCGAGAAGAAGUUGGUGUCCUCUGCUUCAACUGAAGAGAACGCAGCUGUACUAUCUGGCCGAGGUGAAGUCAUGGAGAGCGAUGCGAUUGAAUUCACCGACGUACCAAUUGUAUCACCAAAUGGAGACGUCCUGGUGCGUGAGUUGUCCUUCACAGUUCACCCCGGUGAACAUCUCUUGAUUGUCGGACCCAACGGCUGUGGUAAAUCGUCUCUCUUCCGGAUUCUGGGCGGGCUCUGGCCGGUGUACGGAGGCACAGUGAAGAAGCCCCCUUUUCAAGAUAUCUUCUAUAUCCCACAGCGACCGUACUUAUCCCGUGGAACCCUGCGACAGCAAGUUAUCUACCCGGAUAGUGUGCGCGAGAUGCGUGCCAAGGGAAUCACGGAUGCCGACCUUUAUGAGGUUCUCUCUGUGGUUGAGAUCGCAUCCGUCGUAGACCGCCCUGGAGGCUGGGAUGCGGAGGAAGAAUGGCGCGACGUCUUAUCUGGCGGUCUCCAACAGCGCAUCGCCAUGGCUCGUUUGUUCUAUCACCGUCCCAAGUUCGCCAUUUUGGACGAGUGCACGUCAUCCGUGACCUUGGAGAUCGAGAAAGUCAUGUAUGAGACGGCCAAGAAGUUGGGUACCACUCUCAUGACUGUUUCGCAUCGUCGGAGUCUCUGGAAAUACCACCAGAAGAUCUUGCAAUUUGACGGAGAAGGAGGCUACAUCUUUACCGGUCUGGACUGGGAACGACGGCUGAAACUGGAAGAUGAGAAGGAAGAGCUGGAUCUGCAGCUACGAGCAGUGCCUGAACUACAGCGUCGGAUUACUGAGUUGACCGCGAACUAG